AUGACAGAUUAAAUUUCUCUAUUCGAUGAAAAUGAUGAAGACUUGGUUGCGGAUUACGGAUUCGAGUCUCAAGAAUAGGAAGAAAAGAAUACAUUCUAACUCAAGCCAUUCCAAAUUGCCGAUUUCCCUCUUGAUUAGAAUCUGAUCUCAUUUGCAAUCAAUGAUCAUUGCAUUGUCUUCACAACUGACAGGAAAAAGAUAUAUCGAUGGAGAUUCCUAAACGAAGAUGGAUGUGUUGAAUUGCCAAUCAAAACUGAAGUUGAAGGAGACAUUACAGAUCAGAUUAUGAAAUUGAGUGGACAAGUAGGUAAACAAAUAGGAGGGGCUGUUCUCAAUACAGUUUCCAAAGUUACCAAACCUCUCUUCAAUGCAUCAACGAAACGCUCGAAAAGGAUGGAUUCUGAAGAAGGCAAAUUGGAUUGCAUAUUCUUGGAACCUAAAGGAAAUCACAUCAUUGUGACCUCAAAUAAAGGGGAUGUCUAUCACGCUUGCAAAGAUGAAGAAGAAGUUCGACUUUUAGAAGGAGUUGAAAAUUACAGCAUUCGUUUUUUCUUGUGGGGAGAAGGCUCACUUUACUCAUUCCAAAAUUCUAUUAUUAUAGCAUCCAACAAUAAAAUCUAUACCUACUCACUUAAUUAUAAUAAUGAUAAACUUUUGCACACUGAAGUCUUGAGCAAAACCAUCCUAUAAAUACCUGAAAUCGAAAAAAUUGUAGAUGUUAAAAAAGUCGUGAAGAACACUAUUCAUAUGAUUUUGAUUGUCACAGAUAAGCACAUCUAUAUUUUGAAUGGCACAAAAGAUCUCAGGAAACUCUUUUAAAAAUAUCAAGAAGCCCCUGAUCUAUUUCUGAAAUCUAGAAUUGCACUCAAAGACAAAUCCUACAUCCCAAGAAUCUUUAUAGAGAACUCUGCCAUUUUAUGGACUAAUGGCAAUAAUAUACUGCUGUCUAACUAUUCUAUGCUAAUCGAAAAUCAAACCUUUUAGAAUUCCAAAAAACUUAAAAAUUAUAAACGAAAUUCAACAGAAGAGGUUAAAUUAGAGUAACUCUAUGGGUUAGGACUCACUAAAUAUCAUUACUAUCUAUUAACCUUUGACACCCUGACUGUUAUCAACUUACUAUCUAUGUCCGUUGUGGCAUACUUCGAUAUUAAUAUCAACUCCUCAGGCAAGGCUUUAGGAAUGUUAUAUGAUUAGGGAACUGAAUGCUUUUGGGUGUGGUGCACCAAUGGCAUCUUUAGAAUUAGCGUUGAAUUCGAAGACAAGGAUGCUUGGGAACAAUUGCUAGAACUCAAAUCCUAUGAAGAAGCCUUGCUUGUAAAUAAAAAAUAUGAUUCCCCCUUUUAUGGUCAGAUAUCAGGCAAAUAUGCAGACAUACUUUUCAGCCAAGCCUUACAGCUAGAUCCAUUCAAGACUCCGAAUAAUGAAAAUAUUCAAAAUGAUAUUUCUGAUAACACUUUUAUGAGAAGCAGACAUAACAGAAGCAACAUGAGAGAAAGUCUAUUCGAUGACAAAAUUGAGAAGGUUCAAAUUUCAACGGAGAUUGUUGAUAUGAAAUUCGAAUUAUAUCGAAAAGCUGCCCUCUAUUACUUUGGUAGCAAUAGAUCUUAUGAAUAAGUCAUUUUACAAUAUGAAAUGGGAGAAAUCAAUUACAAUAGGGAUGGUCUGAUAGAAAACUAUCUUAAACCUAUGGUUGAACUACUGGAUAAAGAAUUAAAGUAAAUUGUAUUCAAAAAGAUUUUGGAACUUCUCAUGCUCUCAAUCACAAAUUAAGGAACGAUCAAAGCCUUUCUGGAAUAAUAUAAAACUGACUUGGAAGUAGAUUCAGUCAUACCUACAUUGAAAGUCCAUGGAUUAACUUACUUAGAAACUUAUUUCAUCGAAUUGAAAUAGGAUCAUAAAACAGUUGUUUAAAACCUAUUGAUUUAAGAAGAUUAUAGAUCUGUCUAAGAGAAACUAUCAUCUUUAAAUGAUAAUGAUUUACUAAUUAAUCUAGUCUAUAAAUACUCCUAUGUUAUCAUGAAAUACAAUACAUAAUAAACCUUAGAUUUAUUUAAGAAAAUCGAUGCCUUGGAUGCACAAAAAAUGCUUUCAAUUUUGCUGGAUGUUCCUUCCAAAAGCAAAGAAUUAGCCAUUCAAUUUAUGCAAUAUUGUAUCUUUGUGAAGUCUCGCAAGAUCACAGAUAUAAAUUUUAACAACCUUUAUCUUCAAUAUCUGGCAGAUCUUGGGAAGGUUGAGCAAAUUAUGUAUUACAUUAAUGAACAAAUUAACUAAAACGAAAACGGAGAAAAGAUUAAAUUUGAUUUGAAUUAUGCAUCUUAGUUGUUCGUGAAGACUAAUUUAUUGUAGCCAUAUGUUUAUAUACUGCAAAUGUUAGGCGAUUUUGAAAAUGCCAUCAAAAAGGCCAUUGAAAUAGAUCUUAUUGAGGAUGCUAAGAAUAUUGCAUUAAAAUGUGAAGACAAUAACAAAUAAAGAUAAUUGUGGAUUCUAUAAAUUAGAUUGAUGUUGGAGAAAGGUGGCAAAUACGUUAAAUAGAUAGUUCAAUUAACUAGAGAAAUUCCCCUAAUUAAGGCAGAAGAUAUUCUACCUUAUUUGACUUAGAAUAUUAAAUUAGACGAUUUCAAAGACGAAAUCUGUGAAACUUUGGAGGAAUAUCAUGAUUAAGUUGAAAAACAGCAAAAUGAGCUUGAAGGAUACAUCAAAUCAAAUGAAAAUUUAAAAAAGCUAUUGCUACAAACUAGUAAUAGGUACAUUUUUGUAUCCUAGAAAACUAAAUGCGAAAAUUGCUUUAGAAAACUUUUCCAAGAGGAUUAUAUUGUUUUUGAGUGUUCACAUGGUUUUCAUAGGGAAUGCAUUCUUCAAUAUGUUAAAAGUAAUCCAACUGUAUUGGAUUAAAAGACUUAUCAAAGUAUGCUCUAUUUAGAAAAAUAGUUAAAUGACAUUGAAAAACUGUAAAUACAAACAAACUAAAGUAAGCCUGAUGAAUCGAUUUUUGGAUUUUUCACUGCUUCGAAUUAAAUUACUUUAAAUAAUUAAAGAAAUGCUAGAAAUGAAUAAUAAAAGAAAUUUCAAUCAGAACUUAAUGAUAUUUUAUAUAAGGAUUGUCCUGUGUGUGGCAAUUUUAUAUUUGAUUAAAUUUUAUUGCCAUUAGACAAUGAUGAGUAUACUGAGGAGACUUGGUUUAUAUGA